GGGGGUAAACGUGGGUCCAAGGGGUGUCAGGACCGGGACGCCUGGGUCCCACCCAACACCCCAGCCGCCUGGGUGCCAUGUAGCUGUGGGAGGGACAGUGACGUAAGUGGAGCCAGCCGAGGAAACGCAAGGAGCCAAGGGGCACAAGGAGGAUGUCCUCUCAGUUGCUGUCCUCGGCGGUGGCCUCGUCCACGGUGGCCUCGGGGCGGGCGCUGUGGGCACUGUCGGUGCUGGCGGAGGCGCUGGCGACGCCGGAGACGGUGGCGUUGGCGUUGGCAGAGGCAAAGGCAGUGUUGGCAGAGGUGGAGGAGGCAUUGGUAGGACUGGAGAAGGCGUUGGAGACGGCGCUGGCGGAGGCGGCGCCAAUGAUGCCGACGCCGCCGGGGCUCAAUGUCGAAAGUCUCUACCAGGCGCUGGGGGCGGCCGCCAAGGCUGGUGCCAGCGAACUGGAACAGGAGCUGAGAAGGAAUCACCAGCGCCGUAGACGUCUGUGGGUGGUCCAGAUCUUCGCCCUGGUGCUGAUGCUUCUCUUUGCCCCCCUGUUGUCCCUGGACGUGGUGCGGGAGGUGCUGGGGGUGACACAGGAGACCCACCUCGUCCCCUGCCUGGCCACCAUCACCCUCCUCUGCCAGGUGGCCCUGUGGGGUGCGGGGAUAUCCAAACGUCACUUGGCCACCGCCGCCAGCCACCAGCGUCACCAAGCCCUCCGCUACCGUCGCCUGGCUCGGGAUGCCGCCGCUGCCGCCGCCGCCGCCACCGAGGCCAGCGAGGCCAUCGCCGCUGCCAAUGUCACCCUGGGGAUGUUGGAGGAGGUAACCAGUCACUUGAGGUCACUGGUGGACGCUGUCACCCAGGACCUGGAGAUGGCCCGGGGCUUCUCUGCCAGCGCCCGUGCCCUUGGGGACGCUGUGGUGGCCUUGGGGACAGUGAUGGGGGACAAGGAGGGGACACAGAGGUUGGCCCAGGCAUUGGAGGCUCUGCCAGGGGAUGAGUAGGGACGGGGACACCGGCAGGACGUCCCUUCUCCGUCCUGAGGACACCGGGAUGUCCCUCCUCCUGGGGACAUUGAGGACAUUCCCUUUGUGGUCCAAGGACACAAGGGACGAGUUGGUGACACCGUGCCCUGUCCUCCAAUAAACCUCAGGAACACA